AUGAACAAGUACAGAAAAGAUGAAAGGUGCAGUUCUCACCCAGGGCAGUUUGUCAUAGGGAUUUGUGCCCUUUGCUUGAACGAAAAGCUCUUAAUUCUAGCAUCCAAACAGGGCCCUAAUCAUCUCCAUCGCCAAACACACAAGAAUUUCAGCGAAAAACAGAAAAUAUCACCACCAGCAGCAGCUAAAAUCAUAAAGAUUUUUGCUUUGCUCAAUCUCGUCGAGCCCAGAAAGCCAAAACCGGAUCACAGCGGCCACAGUUCAUAUUCAGCUAGCCCAGAUGACUCUUUCAUAUCAUUCGAGAUUGAAGACAAUGGUGAUGCCUCAUGCGAUAAGGGGACCGAAAUCCCCAAAAUGCCCCUGGGCCAGCAAUGUGAGGAGGCCAAUAAGGUCAAACGUGUCGUGGAACACACAAAGCCACGUGUGGUGCUGAAGUGGCGGAGGCGGAUUGGUUACAUAUUCCAGCUCAUCAGAUUGAAGAAGCCCACCAAAGACAGUAUGUGGCAUGUGAGCACAAAGCGUAGGAGGAAUAAAUGUUAA